GGGAGGAGGGCGCGAGGGGCCGAGCAACGGAUCGGCAUCGCCCAGCACCAGACCGCAGGACCCCCAAGCAGGAUGGCAGAGAUGCAGGGGCUCAUGGAAAGACUGGAGCGGGCCGUUGGUCGACUGGAGUUGCUGUCUGCAGGGUUACACUGGCCUCCUGGGGACUGUGGGGAAGUUAACAGUGUCAGCGGAGGUGUGGCACCCUCGGUGGAGGCCUUUGAUAAGCUGAUGAACAGCAUGGUGGCUGAGUUUUUAAAGAAGAGUAGGAUCCUGGCUGGUGACGUUGAGACUCAUGCAGAAAUGGUGCAUAGUGCUUUCCAGGCCCAGCGAGCUUUCCUUCUGAUGGCCUCUCAUUACCAACAACCCCAAGAGAACGAUGUGGCUGCACUUCUGAAACCAAUAUCGGAAAAGAUUCAGGAUAUCCAAACUUUCAGAGAGAGAAACCGGGGGAGUAAAAUGUUUAAUCAUCUCUCGGCCGUCAGCGAAAGCAUCCCUGCCCUUGGGUGGAUAGCUGUGUCCCCCAAACCCGGUCCUUAUGUCAAGGAGAUGAAUGAUGCUGCCACCUUUUACACUAACAGGGUCUUAAAGGACUACAAACACAGUGAUUUACGCCAUGUGGAUUGGGUAAAGUCGUAUUUGAACAUAUGGAGUGAGCUUCAAGCAUACAUCAAGGAACACCACACUACAGGCCUUACUUGGAGCAAAACAGGUCCAGUAGCAUCAACUGCAUCAGCGUUGUCUGUCCUCUCCCUUGGGCCUGGCCUUCCUCCACCUCCACCUCCUCCACCUCCUCCAGGGCCACCUCCACUUUUUGAGAGUGAGGGCAGAAGAGAGGAGUCCUCUCCUUCACGCUCAGCUUUAUUUGCACAACUUAACCAAGGGGAAGCAGUUACAAAAGGGCUCCGGCAUGUUACAGAUGACCAGAAGACAUACAAGAAUCCCAGCCUCCGGGCUCACGGAGGACAAACUCCAUCUCCUACCAAAAGCCACACUCCAGGCCCCAAGUCUCCCCAGUCUCAUCCUCCUAAGAAACAUGCUCCUGUGUUAGAGUUGGAAGGGAAGAAAUGGAGAGUGGAAUACGAAGAGGACAGGAAUGACCUUGUGAUUUCAGAGACUGAACUGAGACAGGUGGCUUACAUUUUCAAAUGCAGCAAGUCUACUCUACAGAUAAAAGGGAAAAUAAAUUCCAUUACAAUUGACAGCUGUAAGAAGUUUGGCCUUGUGUUUGACAAUGUGGUGGGCAUUGUGGAAGUGAUCAACUCCAAGGACAUUCAGAUGCAGGUGAUGGGGAAAGUGCCAACAAUUUCCAUUAAUAAGACAGAAGGCUGCCACAUAUACCUCAGUGAAGAUGCAUUAGACUGUGAGAUUGUGAGUGCCAAGUCAUCUGAAAUGAAUAUACUUAUCCCUCGGGAUGGUGAUUAUAGAGAAUUUCCCGUUCCUGAACAGUUCAAGACAGCAUGGGAUGGAUCCAAGUUGGUCACUGAACCUGCAGAAAUUAUGGUUUCUGAGAGACCACCGAACCCCCUGACCUGAAUCCUCCCCAUCAAAAAAACAAACAAAUAAAAGCAGCAUUAAAGACCUAGAAGUUGCAGUAGCACCUAGCUUUAGCUUUGGCCUCCAACAAUUCUGUGCUAUAGAAACAGCAUAAUUUCUGGCACGCCUUCGUGGGCAUUUUGGAAUAUUUAACGUUUCUUCAUGAUUUGCCUUUGUGUGUGAUUUGAGUUUCACAUGAUGACUUGUGAGCAUUAUACAUUUAAAGGGAAAAAAGAGAAUUCUGUUCCCCUCAUAUCACUAUCACAGUAGUUAAGAGGUAAAAUUGCAUGACUCACUUUUACACUUAUGUUUUAUUGCUAGUUGAAAAAUAAAACCUUUGAGAAUCUAAGAUGCACAUUUUAAUCUUUUAGACAAUCUCCAUAUAUGUGGUAGUAGUAUGCUCUAAAAAUGUACGAUUUUUGUUUUCUUCUUUUUACCACCUUUAUCAGCAUGAAUACACUGUCAGCCUGAAUACAUAUU